UGGGGCACCGCAGCUGGCGGGCCCGUAACGGGAACAGCUGCUCCAGCAGUUUGCAGAGCGAAAGAGAGAAGCCAGAGGGAGCGCGGGGACGGGGGGGGGAGUGUUGCGUGCGCGUGUGUGUCUGUGGGUGUGCGGUGGUGGUGGGGGAAACACGGGGACAUCCCAGCGUCGGGGCAAGCUGGAAGAAGGGCAGCGGGUUCCUGCGAGCGAAACCAAGAAGGCGCUGGCGGGUAAAGAGACAGAGAGAGACCCUCGCUCGUUCUAGCCAGACUCGAGGCAGCCCGGGAUUCGUGCAGGAGGAAGGGAAGGGAGGACAGCCCUGUUUCCCUCCGGCGUUUUGCGGCCGGGAAAGGCUCGGCGCUGCCAGUUUCUCUCUCUCUCUCCCUCUCUGGCGAAGUUUUCCAAGACAGGUGAGGAGGAGGAGGCCGGCGCCGUCCCCACCGCCCGGGAAUUGUGUUGGAGAGGCCGUUCCCUUCACGCCAUAGGGUCAGCCGGGAGCCCGCCCUUCUCCGUGGCUCCACCUGGAGCUCGUCUCCGCCGCCGCCGCCGCCGCCGGGGAGAGGAAUGGACAGAGGGACCUGCGCUGCACCGACCCGCCUGCCUCCCUCCGGACGGAAGGCCAAGCCAAAAGCUCCCCUUCCUCCACCUGAGACAAAGAUCACUGACUCUUCUUCUUUUGAUGAUUCAGAACUAAAGAACUUCACUAUGGAACAAAAAGAAAAUAUUAUUGACAGAGAGAUUGAACUGUCUGUGGUUCUUCCAGGGGAUGUGAUCAAAUGUACUACUGUUAAUGGCAGCAAACCAAUGAUGGACUUACUGGUUUACCUUUGUGCACAAUACCGUUUAAAUCCAUCAAGUCAUACAAUAGAUUUGAUGUCCGUGGAACAAAAACAGAUCAAAUUUAAGCCAAAUACACCAAUUGGGAUGCUUGAAGUUGACAAAGUGAUUUUAAAGCCAAAACAGAUAGAUAAGAGGAAGCCCACUCCUGUCAUACCAGAGCAAACUGUGAGAGUGGUAGUAAACUACAAGAAGACACAGAAGACAAUUGUCAGGGUUAGCCCUCACGUACCCCUUCAGGAACUCAUGCAAAUUAUAUGUAACAAAUGUGACUUUGAUCUCUUACACACUGUAUUGCUGAAGACUUACCAAUCUCAGGAGACACUUGACUUGACAAAAUCCCUUAAUGACCUUGGACUCAGAGAACUGUAUGCAAUGGAUGUCAGCAAAGCCACUCCAACUACUGAAUUCAACUUUUCAUCUUUACAAGACUCUUGUCAAAAUUCACAAAACUCAGAAAUUUUGAAGGAGAAGGAAAGUAAAGGGUUUUUCAGCUUUUUUCAACGAAGUAAGAAGAAACGAGAACAAACUGCUAGUGCUCCUGCAACUCCAUUGAUGAGUAAGCCAAGACCAGCCUUUGGAAUGAAAUCCAAUACGAUUUCGAAACAAUAUGACUCAAAUACACUGCCAUCUGAUAUGCCAAAGAAGCGACGAGCCCCCUUGCCCCCUAUGCCUGCUUCUCAAAGUGUGCCCCAGGAUCUUGCACAAGCCCAAGACAGACCUGCAGCUUCUGUGAUGAAAUCUAGUAGUGUGGAUGAAACUGAUAAGGGACUUUCAGGAAUAGGAAUAGUGAGAACGGGUUCUCUUCAGCUCAGCGGGACAUCUUCAGUUAAUUCCUCUCUGAGGCGGGCAAAGCGCAAAGCACCAUCACCACCUCCCAGAAAAUUACAAAGCCAAAGUGACAACAGUAUUGAGACAGAAUCUGAAUCAGCAGAAUCAAUUCAUAUAGAAGAACGUGUCAAGGGAAGAUAUUCAGAAGUAUUUUCUCCAACAGGCAAUGUAGUUGAUCUAACCAGGACCGCAGCAGUGCCAUCAGGUGCUUCAGGCUGCUCUGAGCCAAGCAAUCAUGAUCAGAACAAUAUCCCGCAAGUCUCAGAGGAAAGUAGUCUUUUGGUUAACGCUGAUACUCCAGAUGAAUCUGAAGUUUCUUUCAAAUCUGACAUUGGCUCUGAAUAUAGUCUAGAGGAGAUAGAUGAGAAAGAAGAAAUACUACAUGAAGAAAGUGCAGACCCCUUUGCUGCUACUCAACAGGCUUCCACCUCCGCUGAUCCUGAUGUCCCUCUAGAUGCUAAAAAAAAUGAGCCUCCUCCUUUGGCUUCAAGUCCUGGCAUGGGUACUGAAGAGAAUGUAUGUGAUUCAAGUGGAUUAAAACCAGAAAAUAUGAGUGCCGAGGAUAAAGAUCAGCACAAUCAGGUUUGUGUGGAGAAAGUUGCAUUCGACAGUGGCAAGCCACUUGGAGCACAGCACUUGAAUACAAACAGUGGUCACAGUGAUGCGAAAUUCCCUCCCACAGUGACAGAAGAAGGAAAAAUCAGUGUGGUAGGAGGGACAGACAGAAGCAAUCUUGAAGCUUUGAACUACCAGGGCCAUGAAGAUAAUGCUUCUCUAAAUCAGAGGCACAGCCCUCAACCGCUUCUAGGAGCGCACAAUCAAAAAUGGGAUCAGUCUGACCUGGAGACGACAAAGACUCAAGAUGUUGCAAUUCAGACAGGUCCACCUGAAUGUUAUUUAGGCCAGACUGCCUCUAGUGAGGAGACUGAUCCUCAGGGCUACAAACUAAUUAUCCAUCAAGGUUCAACUCACUUGCAAAAAUCAGUGGUGGAAAACCAGCCUUCAGGAUUCCCCAACAAGGUGCAUGAAACCACGGGAAGUUUGACAGAGCUUAACCAUAAAGGGCAGCAAGCUGUUCAUGACAGAGCAAGUCCCAAUGGCAACCAGAGUAACACAUUUGCUAAUGAUGAGCAGGAUGUGCCACAAAGGCUUGUGAAAAGUCCUCUUAGUUCUCCCACAAAGGGCUACCCUCUUUAUCGACAAGACUCGAAGCCUAAGCCUAAGCCGUCAAAUGAGAUCACAAGAGACUACAUACCUAAAGUUGGAAUGACUACUUACAAAAUAGUGCCUCCAAAAUCUCUGGAAAUAGUCAAGAACUGGGAAUCAGAUCAUAUAGAGAACCCAGACGCAGCCUCUUUGCACAUGCCGCCUAAGAAUGAACAUUCUCAAGAAUUUGGUACACAAACAGAAAUUCAUGGUCAUUGGAAAAGUUCAAAUCAGACAGGACCCAGCUUGAGAAGUGAGGUUACAUUGCCCGGGAAUGACCCACUAGCUAAAACGUAUGGUGUUGUUGAUAAAAGCACAAUGUCUUUCUCAAAUGCCGAAGGCAAGAGAAUGGAAGCAGAACAUUCCAAGCCUAAUCCGGACCCUCUAAGAGCCCCCUCGGAGCUAAGCACAGAACACAAAAGCUUUUCACCUCCUGCAGUGCAAGAAAAGUCAAGUGUCUUAAGUCCUCCACCAAAGCCAAGCAGUUUUUAUUUGCAGAUGCAAAGGAGGGCUUCUGGCCAUUACGUAACGUCAGCAAUUGCAAGAAGUAACUCUGUCAGUAGCUCUACUCCGAGUGAAGCUAAGAGUAUAGAAACAGAAAAGAAGUUGGCAUCACCAGAACAAACUUCUUUUCCAUUUCCUAGGACAGUUGAUGGUCCUUCUCAGGUAGUCAAAGAAAGUACUGAAAAUGGCCACAGUGCCGAAAAAACAGAAAUCACCACUUCUCCAGUGAAAAGGCCUAUGUCUCUGAGUUCUCCCACCUCGCAGCCUCCUCCAUUAAAUCUGAAAACUUUGAGGACUUUUGUUUUGCCACAACCAUAUUCAAGUACCAGGCCUUCGCCUUUUGCUCUUGCCGUGUCAUCGGCAGUUAAGAGGUCACAGUCAUUCAGUAAAACAUAUACCAGUACAACCAGGCCAUUAAAAGAACAAGCCUCUCUUAAUAUCUCCUCAUCCGUCUCCACCACUGAAAUAAAAGGCCAUUCUCCUCUGCCAAGCCCAGCCACGGAAGCGCAACCGAGCGUGCCAGACAAGCAGAAAAAUAAUUGUGCUCUCUACGAACAGAAGAGGCAAGUUCCCUCUCUGUCUGGCCACCCAACUACUGCUGCCUGUGGGAGAGGCACAGCUCUGACACUCCAGCGCCCUGACCCAGAACAGAUCCACCAGAGCUUGCUGGCAGCCAUCCGCUCUGGAGAAGCUGCUGCCAAACUGAGAAGGGUGGCCCCUCCAUCCAAUACUGUUGCCAUCAAUGGGAGAUCUAGUCUCAGUUCCCAGGCAUCCAUAGAACCAAGAUACAGCAAUCAUUAGAACUUGAUACCAAAUGUUUUGCACUUUAAUCACCACUGCAUAGACCUACUGCAUCUCAAACUACUUUACAGUUCAUUGUGUAAUAUUGAAGACUGUGCAUAUAUGCAGGGUUUUCUUGGUAUAUAUUGUCAAGAGGAGCAUAGAGAUGUCACGAGAUGCCUCAAAGAAUUUGUAGAAUAUAUAAUUUAUAGCAAUAUUUUUGCCUUCUUUAAAGCUGAAAACGCUGCUUCAGAACUCAUAACAUGGCACAGAAGAUUUUAAUGGUUUUGCUGCUAUAAUAAUCAGAUAUGCUGGUUUCUGCUUUAUCAAUAAUAAUGUGUAGUAACAUGCUGUAUAAUGCUGAUGUAUGAAGUUUUUGAUGUUUAUAAUGGGUUAAUUAUGAUCAGAAAUGUUAAAAUUUAAGUAUAGUUCCUCCACCUGUUGCCUUGAUUGUUACUUUGGAAAUUAAUCACUGCAAUUAGCAGAGCAUGCUCUAGAAAUGCAGUUGAGCGAGUUUUGUUUUCUUCAACAGAAUAUUUUGGAAGAUAUCCAUCCAGCAUUGCGCUAGACCAUGUGUUUUUUGAAUUAGCAUUGUAUGUUGUAUUAUAAUGCCAAAGCGGAGAAAUAAAGCAGAAGGCCUUGGGGGAGUAGUUUAACAAGUAUAUGUUAUAGAGUUGUUACACUCUCAUAAUGCAUACCAUAGAGUGCCUUGCUCCUCUUACUUGUGGCAGUGGCAGCACUGUUAAAAUCACAGCUGCUUUUCCAGACAUAUUGGGGGUGGGGGUGUUCAGCAUCCCUAAGCUGUACAGAAGAAUCUAAAUACCAUGCUCUGAGGUCUGUGGCAGCUUUCACGAUAUAUCAGUGAUGGCAAACAUCUGUCUGUCCAGAUGUUUGGGACAGAGGUCCCAGACAGCAUAUCACAGUAUUAAGGGAUUAUGAAGCUUGUGGUAUAAAACAUCUGGAGGGCCAGGGGUUCUCUGACUCUCUGGCAACAUAGCCUAAAAUAUGGGACUAGAAGAUGGACCCCUAAACUAGUGUUCAUGGCCUCAUCCACAGCUCAGCAUAGGUUUCAAUAACCAGUGCUGAACUAUAACCCCCCAUUCCCCAUCAGGCAGUGCUGCUGUCUGACAGCUGGUUGCAAGUUGGAGAACAACAUAUUGGGUAGGGCAGGGACAACACACCCAUGUAAGAUCUAAAAGUCAAGGACCUGGAGUUCAGUAUUAUCAGACAAGUUGUAUCCAAAACUUAAUAGAGCUCUGAGCUGUAUGUAGCUAAGACUCCAGAACUUUAUAUGGAUAUUGAUAUAAAUUCAUGGGCAAGGAAGGAGUGUUGUGUAGACCAGGUGCAGGUUGAGGUCUUCUCAAAGGAGAUCUGCAUUGUCCCAGAGUGUCCAAAAUUCAUUUGAGCUAGGCUGGAAACAAAAAGGAUUUAAAGUAGCUGAAUGUAGGAUUCUGUGCAUAGAUGCUCCCUCCCCCCUCCCCAUUAUAUACAGGGAAGUAAUAUUUUGUUUUAAUUUUUAUGUAUUUCUCUGCAAUCCAGGAAAUUAAAGGCAGGAGAUGAAUGAACAAAAUCUUACUUUGUUUUCUCUAAGCAGGUAAAGAAGUGGUGGCAAUGAUUUCUACUUUAUAAAAUCUCUUUUAAUAACAGUUUGAACAAUACAGUAUCAAUGAAGUAGUCUUAGUGCACAGAAUUCUGUAGCCAUAGAAGCUUAAUAAUUGCUAUUGGAUUAGGCAAAUGAGGUUGAGCAGCAGUGCAAAAUCCUCAGUAGCAGAUACGGCACUUCUUCAUUCUGUCAAAUCAAUGUUGCAUUUGUAUAACAAUAUCUACUUGUGAUCCUAGUUCUGAUCAAGCAUCUGAAUUGUAGAUAUAUGUUGCAAAUAAGAGGGUAUUUGCAGUGUUCUAAAAGAAUUCAUGGUUUUGUUAAAUAAAAGUAAUUGUAUUUCAUUUUAUUCUUAAUUACGCUAGAA